GCAACCUCAAUCCGCUUCCUGUCACGCAUGCUCUCCUUGCAUAGCGCCCCAACCAGUUCAUCUCAAAGUAUACGUGGGAAGCCUGUGCUCUGGAAAGGGUCGGAGCCGGCGGUGUUUGUAGACAGCAGCAGCUAGACAACACCUGCUACAGUGGCGGUAAGUAAGAGCGUGCUUGCUUUUCCGCCCAAGUUCAUCAAUUCCCAGAUCUAGUCUGUCGUUCAUGCAAGGAAGCAAGGUGUUGUUCUGUACCACGUUCGUGAGCCAUCCCUUGGAGUGGCGAGGAACUAUCAUCCGAAGAAUGCUGUAGGGUGCGUUCGAGCAAUCUACCUUGCACCCGACAAAGGGAGAGGCGGCCUGACACUCGCAGAGCUCCCCGCGGCACUCUGCUGGGAGUUGACAGCGAAAUAUAUAUAACACACCUGACCAGUCCUGCCGUUUCUCUGUGGAAUAACGCACUAUCUUUACACGCAUACUGCUACGAUGGCAGCAGGUAAGACCGCACCAACAGCCACACGCAUCGACACUCAGAAACUAGUCGAGGUCGGCAACUUGAUCCAAAGCAGCAUCCAAGCCAUCGUAAACGAGGGUCCCAAGCAGUGUCCGGAAGCCAGCGCAACGCCAUCAUGGGCACUCUAUGAGGCCCAGCGUACCGUCAUCUCCGCGACGGGCUCGCUACUCGAGCUGGUCUCGGACCCUUCCAUGCGGUUGAUGGAGUUCUCUGGGCAGUACUGGGAAUCGCGAGCUCUAGCGAUCGCUGUGGCGAAACGAAUCCCAGAUCUGCUAUCGUCUUCAGAUCAUGGGGUAAGCCUGGAUGAAAUAGCCUCAACAACGGGUGUUGAGAUCGGUAAACUCGCCCGCGUCCUACGGUGUCUAUGUUCCGCGCACAUCUUCCAAGAAUUAUCUCCAGACACUUUCGCGAAUAACCGCAUCUCGGCUGCCCUUGUACAGAACGAGCCCUUGCGCGCUUAUAUCCUCAUGUUCCACGCGGAUCUGUUCUCUUGCGCGGAGCACCUCCCCCAAACGCUCUUCGACAAGGAGUUUGGCCCUUCCUACGAUGUGAGGAAGACGGCUUUUCAACGUGCACUGGCAACCCCCCAAAGCCGCUGGGAAUGGCUUGAGGGUGGAGCGUUGGCCGAGGGAGAUAAGAUCUCGGCCGCAUCAGCACGGCGCACAAAUUACCCAGGUAUCCCCGGAGAGAACGACCCCGGCACCUGUUCACAUGGGCGCCCUGAGCUGGCACUGUUCAGUAUGGCCAUGGUCGGUGGAGGCCGGGUCACGGCACGGUCUCAUGUAGAAGACUACCCUUGGCAGGAUCUUGGAUCCGCGACUGUGGUGGAUAUUGGCGCCGGCGUGGGUGGUUUCAUGCUCGAGCUUAGCAAAAAGCACCCGCGCCUGAACUUCGUAGUCCAGGAUUGCGCAUCCAACAUCGAGCUCGCUCGCAAGGAGGUUUGGCCUCGCGAAGACCCCGCCGCAAUCGAGCAAGGCCGGGUUGAGUUCAUCGCGUACGACUUCUUCGGGACAAACCCCGUCAAGGGGGCUGAUAUUUACUGGCUGCGGUACAUUCUACACGACUGGGCAGACGAUUACUGCUUAAAUAUCCUCUCUAACAUUCGCGAAGCUAUGUCCCCGCGCUCUCGGCUGCUUGUCUGUGAGCAGGUCAUGGAUACUACUGUGCAAGCGAUGAGUGGGACCGCACCGCCACCUCUCCCGGCUAACUAUGGUGUUGCGAAACGGUACAGCCAUCAACGCGAUCUGGAUGUUAUGGCCAUUAUAAAUGGGAUUGAGCGGACGCCUGCGCAGUUUGAGGACCUCUUUCGCCGGGCCGGGCUUGUCCUGGAGAAGGUCUGGCCGUGUCGUAGUCAGGUUUCUAUUCUUGAGGUCCGGCUGAAGAGGUAAUGGGAUAGUCCAUGACGGUCUUUUGAAUGAGUGCGAUAAAAUGUCUGUGGCUUCUUUAUGGUUAUUCACUACAUGAUGUAACUCUGGGCCUUCCUUUUCGUUCAUCCGUGCUUGGUAGUCUCUGUGCUUGUAGAAACAACAGGAACCCUACCCUGGCUAAACAGAUAAAUGCCUGAAUGUCCCGUUUGCAAUUAUAGACUAUGUAUUUCUAUAUCUAUAGCUAUCGCUAGGUAGCAAAAGUCAUCAAACGAGGUUCCGCU